AUGGAAUCCGGCGAGGGCGGCGGCUGCCGUCUCCCGGAGGAGCUGGUGGUGGAGAUCCUCCGCCGCCUCCCGUACAGGUCGCUCUGCCGCUCCAGGUGCGUCUGCAGGUCCUGGCGCGACCUCUCCUACCACCCCGACCACCGCAGCAGGCUGCCCCAGGACCUCGCCGGCCUCCUCUACACCAACCACGCCCCUAGCCACCUCCACGGCGACUUCGCCGUCCGGUUCGCGCCGGCCGGUUCGUCCCCUUUCCCCGGCCUCGGGUUCCUGCCGUGCGGCGCCCGCGCCCUGCCCCUGGACUGCUGCAACGGCCUCCUCCUCUGCCGCGGCGGCGGCGGCGGCGGAUGUCACUACGUCUGCAACCCGGCUACUGGAAGAUUUACCACGCUCCCUGUACCGGCGUCUGGAUUCCAGGCGCUUGCCCUGGCUGCCUUCGAGCCCCACGGCGCGUCGCUUCGAUUCCAUGUGCUCAACUUUGCAAGAGCCGAGCCUGUGCAAAAGGUCUUCUUUGAUGCCGAUUUCGAAGAAUCUGAAGAUGAUACUCUCUCGGACACCGAUGGUGAUGCCUAUGGAGGCGGCGAAUUGUGUGAUUUGUGUGAGGAGAGCAGCAAGUUUUGUGUUAAAGGCCUUGAGGUAUUCUCGUCAGAGACCGGCAAGUGGGUGCAGAGCCGCGUUUGCCGUGAGUCCCGUGUCAGGCUGGUUGAAGGAAUGGGCAGUGUGUUCAUCAGUGGCUAUGUUAAUUUGCUCACUCAUGAGAGGAAGGUUCUUGCUGUCGAUCCAGAAGGCUGGGCAUGCCGUCUGAUUUCCUUGCCUGUAUCCAGCUUGUUUGGGUUGGUUGGGUGCCUCGGACACUCUCAGGGAUUCCUGCAAUAUGCUGUACAAGAAGACUGCACCUGCACCAUGAUGCAGAUUUGGACUCUGAAGGAUUUCGAGAAGGGAGAGUGGAUACUGAAGCACCGAUUUGAGAUUGAAGUGGCUCCGCAGACAAAGAUACUGUUUGAUUAUGCUGGUAAUGCCUUGUGCUCAGAAAUUUUCUACGUAGUUGUGUUUCAUCCUGAAAGGGAUCUGGUGUUCCUCCCUAUUGAAGGAUACAAGAUGCUCUCCUAUAAUUUGAUCAACACCGAAGUAAAGGAGAUAUGCAAGUUGGAACCAGAAACAAGGCCUAGAUUCCUAGUUUAUGUGCCCUCAUAUGCAGAUUUUGUGAAUUGA